AUGCAGCAGUUCCAGCAGAUGGAGCAGGAAGGCACCUCAGGGCUUCUGCUCCAACCCGUGUCGACAGGCUUUGUGCGGUUCCUCCUCCUACUGAGUCGCUGGCCGUGGGUCCGCGGCUCGUGCGCACCUCCGCGAGCGUUUCGACGAAGUCUAGCUGCUGCGCUCAAAGACAUCCGUGUCGAGCGGUUCAGUGUCUCCUGGCUCGCGUCCGGGAAGAGAGCGGCCGCUGCAGGCCAGGAGGAGGGCGAGGAUGACGGCGAAAAGACGCAGACGAAGAAGCUCUACGUCGGUCACUUGGGCUCCAUGUACACGACCGUCUGGGGCGGGGCGUUCAGUGGCCGCUUGACACUGACGCCGGAGAUUCUCUUUUGGCUGCGGCAGCUAGGCCCCUUCCAGCCUCUGCGUCUCGCGGCGGAUCUGUCGCCUCGAAGUCACGAGAGGAAGGCAGCCCGCGCGGCGAUCGACCAGAAACGCCACAGUCUCCUUCAAGGAGAGGACCGAAGCGGCCUCUACUACGCUCUUCCCGGUUUUGCAGAGUCUGAUGUGACUCUCGGAGGAGAAGGAGAGAACAAGCGCAAAAACGAAAAGACCCUCUCCGUUAGUGCCUACAGCGCCUCUCUUCUCGCUGGUGACGGCGACGGCAUGCAGGUGCACACUGACGCAGACAGCACCGAGUCCGAGAGCGAGGCUCAGUUCCGGCAGGCGUUGGCCGCGGCGCGCAAGCGCCAACCUGGCGGAUGCGUCUCUCAUUCGUCUGCGGCGGCAUCUGGCCGCGGGCGUCUUCCAAGACUGGAGAAAGACGCGGCGUCCGGCGGCCGCGGAGCUUCGCAGGACCUCGAUCUCGCAAAGGGCUUCGCGUAUCUCGGUGGAGGAUUCACGCACCUCAACACGUCUUGGUCCUACGUGCCCCCGAAACGCCGUCUAACCUUCCUCCCUUCUGCAGGCCUUCACGCCGACUCCUGUCGCGCCGAAAAGCAAGACGAGGAGAGCAAAGGCGGGAAAGAAAGUCGCAAACGUCACUCGGUGGCUCUGAACCAGGGCGACGCGGAGGCAGGAGCCCGAUCAGCCAAAGUGGACGGAGACGGCACAGAGGACGGCGCGUGCAGCGGCGUCGCUUCUUCGGCGUGGGUAGUCGAGAACAGCAGCAGCGACGAAUCUGUCCGCGCCUUCAUCAGCGACGAUGCAGUCUACAGACGGCGAUUCCGCUCCUGGCGCAAGCGGCAAAGGAAAGCAGGCGGAAGGGUUUUUUUGCUUUCCCGGUCUGUGCGUGCGGCGGAGUCGGCGGCCGCGCUGGGGACAGGCUCAGGUGAUAGUCCUGUCGACGACGCGUGGCAAGGUCACAUAUUGGACGAGUUUUUGAGGCGAAUGGGCUCGGGGAUGUCCCUCUCACGGUACACGCAGCUAGCGAAUGCGGCUGCAGCGGGCGCGUCGACUCUCGCCUCAGCGAGCCGUCGAAAGUUUGGCACCCGUUCUCGAAAGCGACCUCUCUCUGCAGCGGACGCGUCCAAGUUCUCGCCUGAGUCGCUGAUCUCUUCGGAGCAAGCGUCCGCCAUGCACGACUUGAAGCACCUUCAGCCGCGCCCCGUGUGGGGCGGCACGGGCGCCUCGUUUGCUGGCUCGCCUGAGUCGUCGGUCUUCAGCCUUGUCUCUGAACCGAAGAAAAUCUGCCGCCUGAGGAGGAAACCUCGGGUGCGCGCAGUCGAACCGGCGUGGGAUCUACAGUCUCCGUCAGCCUCUCUAAACGCGUUAGAGCGUGGCAGGGCUGCGAACGGCGGCUCGUCACGAGCUGUAGACUCUAAACAUGCUCCCGAGUUCCCGUUCGGUAUGGUUGCGAAGGGAGUGUGGGGAGGCUCUCCAGGGGCUCACGCUGGGUCGAGCACUUUGAAAGGCCGAGAAGUUCAGUUGAUCUGCGUAGAUGAGUCAGAGGUGCACAAGCGGCUUGGAAAGACGAAGCUCUACCAGCAGGUCUUGCACGGAAUGGAAGAUAAGCUCAUGGCCAGGCGCGAAUUCUACGUGGUGGUCGACGAGCAGAGUCGGGAGCUUCGCGUGGUCCCUGCCGGUCGUCUCGUCUUCUUUUUGACAGAGACACCGCGACAGAGACAGGAGCAGUUCCUUUCGCGUCUCUUUGCGGAUCUGCGGCGGCGCUCUAGAGGCACAUUCCUGCAAAGUCUGCUGACCAAGCGUAGAAACGCAAGGAACAUUCUCCUCAUGAACGCGAUGAUCUGGCAAAAUCAACUCAAACAUGUCAACAAGGCUCGCCUGUGCCUCUUGCUCGGCGGCUACUGGCGUGACGCCGCCUUCGCUGCCGCUAAUGGUUCUCUGACAGAGCAGCAGCUUCUACAGGAUUUCCUCUCCGUUAACGGCGCGUGGCUAUCCGACCUCGUAGAAAAGUCGGCGGGCGCGUCAGGCGAGUCUUCAGGAAAUCAUCAGGGCUCCAAGCAGAACUCGGCUAGGCGGCUCAUCGAAGCUAUUAGCCGAAGGUGGUCAGUGGAGGACCGCAGCAGGCGCUCAGCGACUGAAGAAGGGUCGUGGCAGGCAUUCCAGCGCGACACGCCAGCAGUCAAGGCAGCCGCCGCCAGCAUGCACCUUCCUCCUGCUGUCCUUGAGAAGAUCGACGAAGCUGCCGAAGACGCUGCAGUCGUCGCUAGAGCCGCCGUCACUGCUGCGGAUCGCCGAACGAAGGAGAUAGUCAAACGAAACCUUUUACCAGGGCUGUUGCUUCGAUACAUUCAGCGCAUCUUCCCCCUGUUCGUGCGGGUGUACUUGACCGCCCGCUGCACAUUCGCCUUGCAGAGGAGAGAGGAGCAAUCGUUCACCCGACGCAUGCGCCAGGUGGAGAAUACAGGAGCUAAGGGAGGCGGGGCUGCCGCGGCUAGCGCCGCUGGAGGCUUCUCGGCAAACGUUCUGCGCGGACAGUACGAUGUCUUCACGGCUGGAGUUUCUAGCACGUCCCCCAUGGGAGAUCUGGAGAAGGCGGAAGCGGGCACGACAAUGGAAAGCCGUUUGAAGGCGAUGUUGCCGCCUUUCAACGCGUCAGCCACCAGCCCGGUAGAGCUCUUUGACGUCGGCAACCUUCUUCCGCUUCACCUGGUGCAAAUUGCGGAGGAGGGAAGCAGUUCUUUCUCCGCGUCUCCGUUUGUGCUGCUGGUGAAGGGAGGCAGCCGCGCCAGUCAAGUCGACGUCGUUGCGAUGGAAGAAUCCUGGGGCCGGUUCGCGGUGGACUACGCGCGUCACGUCGGUCAAGAGCGUCGCAAUCGCCAAGGCGAAGGAAACGGAGGUCCUCUUCUGUCCACGCUAUCUGUCGACGAUUGCGCACGGCUGACGAAGGUUCUCCGUGCCCUCGUAGUGUUAUACAGUCGGCAGAACAAGACUUUCUUCGGCGCAAAGGGGCUUGGCAACGCGUUGCGUGUCUACCUGGGUCGCGCGUCAGAUGAUACCGCCGGACCCAACUUUGACGUUCUGCCGCUGCCAGUCUCGCAGUGGAUUGCGCGCACAUUUUUGCAGCAAGAUGAACAGGAACAACUGUUCCUCUCGCAAGAAAAGAAGACCAAGCUUCUGGCAACCGUCCUAUGGCUGUGUGUGGCCUCUUCGUCUAACUGGACAUUCGACUUCGAAGGCCUGCUGGUGCAUGAGUGGAAUGGUCGUUACGGAGGACACUUUGAGGGGUGUGCCUCCCUCAUUGGCUUGAAACGCACGGGAAAUGACUCGAAGCCGCGUGAAUACCGGCUUGAGCUCCCGUGUCCGCUCACGACGGGCGAAGCUAUAGAGGCGUCUCAGCGUGCCCAGAUAGUGGCGCCGAUUCACUCCCUUCUCGGGCACGACAAGAAAAAGCGGUCUACGCGUUAA